AUGAGGAUCGCUCAAUUGCAGCGCCCAAUAGCGGCUGCUGCUGCAGGUAUAUCGAGAACAGCACCUGCGACCACGAUACGGCAGUUAAGAGAAGCGUUGGGACAGUUAAGAGUAGGGACGAGCAAUGCGGCAGUGGAGGGUCGGAGACAUGCGUCCGUCAAGUCGCAGGGAGCGUAUACGUUAAGAGACUCGAGCACGAUUCCGAAGAAACUGGGCGCGAAGAAGAGUGGUGAUUCCUACGUCAUCCCCGGCAACAUCAUCUACAAGCAGCGCGGCACCGUCUGGCACGCGGGCGAGAACUGCGGCAUGGGCCGCGACCACACCAUCUUCGCCCUCGCCACCGGCUACGUCAAGUACUACCGCGACCCCGCCAAGCACCCGAACCGCCAAUACAUCGGCGUCGUCUUCAACAAGGAAGACAGCCUGCCCUACCCGUUGCACGCCAUGCGCCGCCGCCGCCUCAACCUCGUCGCCUCCCCCAUCCCCCCGCCCCAGGUCCAGCCCGAGCUCUCGCCCUCCGGCAUCCCCACCCAGGUUGUUCGGCAAGGCUACGGCCGCCGCCCGCACCCGCGCGACGAGCGCAUCAUCAAGCUCCGCACUGACGGCACCUACGCGUACGCCGAGGAGUCUUGGAAGCUCGGCACGCUCGUCCGCACCGAGAAGCGGAAGAUGGGAUCGAGGAGGGUGGCGAUGCGGCACAGGCGGCGCAAGACGAAGGCGAUUGCGCUGGAGAUGCGCGCCGAGAGGGAGGACAAGAUUGCGAGGAGGAAGGAGGCGCUGGAUUCGCAGAAGGCGGCGAGGACCCGGAAGAUGAAGGAGUACAGGGCUAGGAAGGCGGCGGAGGAGGCGGCGGGUGGAGAGGGUGGUGGGAAGACGCCCCCGGGGACGGCGGCGCCGAAGACGAGUCCGCCGAAGGCUCAGGUGUAA